CUCCUUCUUUGAUACCCCUUCCUCUUUUAUUCAUACGCUAUAACAGCAACUGUUCUCACCAGGGCCACACCUACGCUCCUACCCCUACAUCAUAUCAUAAUGCCACACGCGACGUUUCCAUAAAGACAACGUCAAGAAAAUCACCCGCCUCAGUGUUCAUCUGGACUUUCUACACACUAUCCACUGUAAAUAAUCUACAUCUGUCGAUCAUCUAUUACAUCCUUAAAUUGGAUCCUUAGGUUUGAUAUGCUUUGUCCGCGAAAAAUAUACUCUCGGUCAUCCAUGUCAACUUUAUUAUCAGAGGAUUAGUACAAGGCUAGACAGAUCGUGAACAAGCUUUAUGACGACGAUUCCGACGACUUCGGCAGACCACUUUGCGAGUACGACAAAGGCAACAAGGGCCGUUACACAAAGUCUCUCACGCAGCGAGCCUUCGAACCAGCACCCAUCUCCCACAUCCGCAUGUAUCAUCGACAGCAUCAAGUCGGAUACAUCGUCUGUUCGUAUUAAUUGUGUUAACCCACUCUACUGGUUCAAAAAUCACUGAUACUCACUUUCCAUUUAUUACAACAUCUUUUAAAAGGCUGCAGCGGA